AUGGAAAAGACGGGUUCCGGUUUUUACAUCAUUGAUGCAUUUUCAUUGCGACAAGCUUCCAAAAAACCAUUUCACCUUGAAAAACGCUUUCUCAACUCUGGCGAGAAUGAUAUCAAUACAACAACAACCAGCUUAGAAGAGGCUGAAAGCAAACGAGAAGCUCUAUUACAAGAACGUCGAGAGAAGCUUAGCCGUAAAUUCCUUGAGGUGCAACAAGUAGUGAAGCAGGCACAAGCUCGUAAAGAAUCUCAACGACAAGUGUUUCAGCAAUCAUUGCAACUUGCUGAGUUGAAGAGAAAGACUCAUAUUGAACAGCGUCGUGCUGCGAGCAAGGAGCUUGUGGAACGAGCAAAGGUGAUUGCUCGUCAAAACAGUCUACGCUUUGAAGCAGAGCAAGCUCGUCAACGCAGGGCUUUGCAAGAUAGAUUGGAGAGAUCGGAAGCACGACGUCUGCACAUGCUCUCUCAGCCUAAAUCGAGAAUCCUUGUCACGGGUACUACACCUAUUGCAUCAUCCUCUGCAUCGCAUUCUCGCAAGAAGAAAAAGAAACCUUGUGGUACUACCUCAUCAUCUUCGUCGUCAUCCACAACAAGAUGUAUCAUUGGCGUUGUCACAGAAAGUGGUGGUGGUGGUGGUGAUAGUGCCACAUUAUCCCGGAAUGUCAAAGCGGGUGUGGAUAAGAAAGCGGCAUGUGAUCAACAUGCAUCAUCCAUGCACCAAUCGGUGGUGGGAACACCAAAGAAGAAAAAAGGUGACACUUGGAAGAGUGUUAGAAGUGCCUUUUACAAGUUAUCGUUGCCAUGGUCGACACAAGCUUCUACCUGGAUACCCUUUAAUGAGCUUGUGGUGCUUCUUCGUAGCCGACGUGUGAUUCAAGUCAUUGCCAAGUUGCUUAGGAUGCUGCUGUUGCUUAAUGUGACCGAUAAGGAGAAGAGUCGGAAAUGGUCCCGGGUGCUGCUGUCAGCCUACAUGAUGACGAUUUGCCCAUGUGAGGUGUUCCAAGAUAUGCAUGCCCAGCAGGAACAGCAACUCCUCGCUCAAGCAAAGCAAUUUUUGCGCCAGUUUGAACAUGUUCUCGAAUCCCAUCCAGAAGCUUCACCCGGUUCAGCUGCUCGAUCACACUUUGAAGAGUCCUGGAACGCGUAUUAUGCAUUGUUCGAAGCAUGGAAGGCCAAAGACAUGAAGCAACUCGUCGCCAACAUGUCAUCUUAUUGCAUCGAAUUGAUACGUCUUAAGGAGACGCUCGGCCAAGAUGAUGAUACAGUACGACAACAAUUGGAUGAACAAAUUCAACAAACCAAAGAUCGUAUUCGUCAUGUGGGUGGUCCUUCAGCACUAGAACAACUUGCUGAAUCCGAGAAUACCAUCACAUCAUCAUCGUCAUCAUCCAAACCUACAUCAUCCACUGAACAACAACAGCCAUUAUCAGUACCACCAUCCCCUACUCCACGUCCUGAACGUCUUGAUGAUAAACACCAACAACAGCAACAACAACCCAUGGCAGAUGAUGAACUUAAACAAAUGCUCAGUGGCUAUAUCCAUGAAGGAGGGAUUACUAAUCACCAGCUCGCCCACGAGAUCAUCAUUGACCCCGAGUUCAAAUUGCAAAAACAGUCAUCUGCCUUGGAAGAUCAUAUUCGCAAGAUUGCUACUCGAGCUUUCUUCGAUCGCGUUGCUGAGGAUAUCAAGGAAGGCCAUUCCGAAGAGUCUUUGCCUAUGCUCAUGGAUGAUGUUAAGCAGCGUCUCCUCAACUUGUUACGCAAAGGCACUAGCGUUUACAAUCAAGUGGAUGAAGGAAUUGACAUUGCACUUAUCACCCAACAAGCCAAGCAAAACGCCUUUGACCUUGAUCAAGUAUUGAAGUACGUGGUGCAUAUCAUGAGCCAAAUCUGUGCCCCUGUAAGAGAUGAAGCUAUUCGUGCCAUUGGCGACAUGGAUGAUCCUGUACAACGACUACGUGCUAUCUUGGAAAUGUUGGAUGAAAUGGCCCUUGAUUUGAGCAACUUUCGAUUACGUUCUUUGCGUCCACAUCUUAUUCCUAUUGCUGUUGAAUACGAACGCUCCAAGUUUGCUGAAUCGCUUUCCAACAAUACCGUUGGCUUGACCAAAACACGUGCAUGGUUACAACAAGCUGUACGACGCAUGAAUGAAGUUGCUACGCAACGCAAUCCGGAAGGUGUACCUACACCCACACCAACGCUUCGUGCAGAUGCUGUGUUUGAGGAUGCUUUUAUUACACUUCUCACGUCGCCCCAGAUCAUUGAUGCUACUACAUGCCCUGAGACCCUUGUCAUGGAUGUCGAUCGUAUGCGUGUGUACCAAAACGAGAUUCAGUCCAUCACCAUUGUCGCUGCAUUGGUUAUGUUGGCAAAGAAUUUUGGUCAUGUUGGCGACCUCAAUGAUCUCACCAAGAAAUUAUUUAUUAUGCUUCAAGAUCGAUCUACAACUAUUGACAAUUUGGCAUCUGAAAUUGAAAGAACGGUGCGCAUCAGCCCUGAAAGGAAGCCCAUGAUACGUGCAAUGGUUGAUAAGACGGUGUCUCAUAGCGACACAGUGUACUCCCUCUUGAUGCGACGUGUUGGAUCCGUUAUUCGUGGUCAAUUGCAAUCCGGAAAGUUUGCUACUCGUGAAGUGCUCCUCAGCUAUGGUCUCGAAUACGUUCGUAAGCCUUUGGAAUCGCUUUCCACCCGUGUGGCCAUCCUCGGUCGUCAUCAUCGUCAAGUCUAUGCAACAUGGUAUGAUGAUAUCAUUGCUGAUGAAAUCACGGCCAUUUCGUAG